ACAGCCAGACACAGUCCCUCAGGCCAGCAUUGACAUGACAACAGUCCUGGAGGUGAGCGAGGCAGACAGCGUGACGGGGCACUCCUACAGCCUGGCCAUCACGGCUCCGGAGCGAGUGACAUUCGUGAAAGGCACCUGCAGGGAGGAGGCGCGGUGGUGGUCUGACGUUCUUAGCGUGUACCCUAGGAGUAAGGGUCGCCACAAGAGGAAUGCGACGUUCCCUGGAGGACAGACAGCGAGCCUGUUGCAGUCGUCUACAACAAGAAAAUACUCAGCGGAUGCAUCAACUCUCCGCGAUGUAGCAGACGGAUGCCAGGCCAGCAGGCCCAGGUACUGCUCUGGUGGUACCACAACGUGGCCUGGGCCCAGGGUACAGCCACCACAGCCCGAGAUCCCAAGCCUAGCUGCCCCCACACCCAUCGACACCAAAGUAUACACCGACCAGCCCGUAUCAUCAGCGUCCCCCCCAACUCGGGAUAAGAUCAACGGGGAGGAGAAGGCGAGGUCACGACGCAGGGAUACCUGGGCAGAACCCACCACGCCACCUGUCACUGAUGAUGCUACAGUUGGAGUUCGGUCGCCACUGCUGCAACACCAGCAGUACGACGAACAGCUCCGUGACAUCGCAGCCUCCCUCACCAGGCCGCGGUCACGACGAGCGCUACCACCCACCCUGGAGAGACCCACAAGACUGCCGCCACCUGAUCGACUACCGGCUCGUGGCUCACCAGACGGAGGUGCUCCACCAGAAGAAGCGAGCUCCAGUUCAGCAAGCGAAGGCAGCGAGCCUACUGACGCUGUCGAACCGACUGAAAACGGAGAAGGUGGCAGGGUAGAACUGCCAGCUGAGAGACUUCUCCAUGCUAGAGCAGGUUGGCUGCAACGACGUGGCCCGGGUGGCUGGUCACGACACUGGUUUGUACUCCGGGGAGCAGCCCUGCUGUACUUCCGGGAUCCUCACGCAGAACAUAGAGGACUGAUGGAUGGAGUUAUAGACUUGAGUGGAAUAUCGAGGGUCGUGGAGCUGCCGAGUUGUACCAAUGGAUAUGCCUUUGAGACUGAGACUUGGGAUGGAAAGCAUAUAGUUCUUUCUGCGGUAACAGCUGGUAUAAGAGCCAACUGGGUAUCUGCAAUGCGAAGAACAGCCGGCCUCCCCGACACAGGACCGCUAUCACUGAUUCUGCGAGAAGAUACCGUGGACCAAGCUUCGGAAUCUUCAACAUCGCCUGUAACGCCUGUCACACCGAUCACAGGCAGAUCAGCGCCAUUCUCAUCCGAUGAAGAAUACAGAACAGCUUCUGAAGGUGGCAGAAGAGAUAGCGCUGACUGGGGAGACAUGGGACCUCAACCACCCCCAUCCCCACUUCUCACAAGGACACCGAUAUCCAAAGUCAAAGAAAAGGUCCGCAUCAGAAGUUCUCAUCAAGCACCACCGCGCGCAGACACCCCAAAAGGUGACCGAGAUGAAAUCGACUCAACCAAAGAAAAAGACCGCACCGUCGAUGAUGUUGAUGAGAACGAAAAGCCCCUCGAAGCUAGAAAACGCAGCUACAUAUCGACUAUCGACAAGCAAUCGAUCGAAAUAGACGAUUUGAGGAAACAACUCAAACUUGCACUCAGUGAUGUCGGUGCAGCGGAAGCAGAGAUCUCCAGACUUCAAAAACUUAAAACCGACGCUGCUAUGCAAGAGAAGAAAAUGGAGGAAUUGGUAACCGCAUUGCAGAAGAAAGAAGAAGAACUGUCUGUAAGAACGAAAGAGGCUGAAAACUUAGACGCGAUAAAAGAACUUUACAAUCAAGACAAAAGCCUUUGGGAGAACAAGCUGACGGAGACGCAGAAUUUCUUAAAAGAGUCGACAGAACAUUGUGAGCUACUCACGAGACAGUUAGCUUCUGCGCAGGAGACAAUCGCUCAGUUGCAACGAGAGGUGAACGAACUAAAUGAAAAGUUGCUUAAGAGUGUGAGGGAAAAUGAUAGCUUGUAUUCAAGGAUAAGAGAUCUUGAAGGAAGAACUCUUGUAGAAUCAACAUUACCAAGCAAGGAAAAGAGAAAGAGUAUCGGGUCUCUCAGUGAUCUCACGAACUUGAACCAAGACUUGAACCUAGAAGCGAUGGAGAAAGACAAACUUAUAGAAGAGUACGGAGAGCUAAGAGAUCGGUUUGUGAAGGCCAUACAAGAAAUCAAAGCCAUGAAGAAAGAACUACGAGAUUCACAUAACAUGUAUGAUGAACUCGAAGUCACUAACAUGAAAUUAAGGAAUGAGAUGAAACUGAGAGAGCAAUGCAGCCGCUCAGAGAUAGAUCUCAUGGCGGCUCGAAUCCUUGACCUCACACAGAAGUUAACAGCUUCAGAUAAACAAGUAAGGACACUCAAACACAAAAUCCAAAAGUCUGAAUCCAGAGAGAAACGACGAAGUCUAUCAUUGAAAGGCAGAGAGUCGUUUACUCUAGGAAAAGAAGUAGAAGAGAAGUUAACAGAGCUCGAAAACAAAAUCACAAUGCUGGAGUCUGGCGAACCAGUCCCAACGAUUAAUUCUCCAUCCAAAAGUGCGUCACCUGCCAAAGAAAAAUCUUCCAAAUCUGAAAACCCAUCGGACGAAAAACGGAUGAAACGGCUCGCUGCGCGUCUGCGGAGGAAAUCUCUGGACAGCGCGACCAGUUCUGAGCCAAUGAAGAUGCUGGUCAGGUUGAGCUCGCUAGAAACCAAAGUAGCUUCCGCUUUAGAGAACCGUAAGGACCUAACAAAUUCUUGCGAGUCUCUGAGUCAAGCAACCAGAUCCGUAGAGAGCCCACCACUCAACGAGAGCUCUGAAGCAUCCAGUAUCGGCACGCAGUCACAGAGGCACCUGCUUGAGAGGCUACAGAGUCUGGAGAACGUAGUGAUACACUCCAGAAAUAAGGUGAAUGAGUGUCUCUGCCAAAUGAGUGCGAUGCGAGCUGCCAAGUCGCGCAGAUCACCCUCACCGAGCCUGGAAAAGAAAUAUAGCCUCAAGUCAAUGGAAAAGUGCCUUACAGACGUUAGCAAGAGGCUACAAGAGUGCUUCGACAAGUGCGUAGUCGACUAUGACCAGAACCAAAACCAGGAAGAUGUGAACGACAGCGUAGCUCAAGUGGUCGUACAGCUGGAAGAACAACUGAGGACCAAGCUGCUGGAGAUAUCCAAGAGGAAAGCGGCAUUGUACGAGGCAGGAGAACUGACACAGAGGAAGAGCCUUGAGAUAUUGGCUGAGAAACUGGCUUACGAAGCAGUCCUCGUCGGCAGGAUACAGGAGGCAUUAGAGUCCUCAAACGGCAGCAGAUUCUUCGCGCGAUUGAUAAAGUCUGAAAUUAUCGAAACUAGUCAACUUAUAGAUAACCUCAAACGUAAGAUCAAUGGCGAGAGCAGCAGGAGCAGUGCUGGCACCAGGAGCUCGCUCGAUUACCUCGCCAUGAUACUCACGCGCAAGAUUGACAUCGUCAACGGCUCUCGGGAAGCGCACGAGAGACGUCGCUCCGAGCUCAUCAUCCACGGAGCUGACCUCGAGGCGCUGAAGGCAUCACAGCGCGAAGUUGCAGAAGCAGUCGACAGGUAUAAGAGCGAGAAACUUGCUGAACUGUGCUCCGCACUCGCUUGCGAGACUCUCAGCUACUCUGCUCCGGCUGACGGUGACACUGAGAGACAGCGAGCCAAUCUGGAGGCAGCGCGCGUGCGUGAAGCCUGGGCUGCUGCACGGGACGCGCUGGGGGCCGAGCUGGUGCAGGCCGAGGUCACGCGGGCACUGGCCCGGGCCGCCGCCACCUGCGACCAGAGGCUGGACCAAGCGCGUCGCGCCCGCCUCACUCUCACAGCUCAAGACCGCGCGGACCUCGAGCUUUGGUGGCAAGCCGCGCACGAUCACUUGCGCUGCGAGAUGGACGCCGCCGUCAAGGAUAUCGCCGUGCGCUACCGCAGCUGUCUGGCUGCAGAGCGGAGGCCGCGCGAGGGCUCCCCAGGGCUGGACAGCCGCGUGCUUCUGCAGCAACUGGCGGAGGCACUGGCGCAGCGAGCGCUGGUGGACGCACGAGUGGCAGUGCUGGACGGCACGUACCGCGCCUCCAGCCCGCGCGAGCCCACAGGCCCGCGCCGCUCAGCCGAGGACACCAUCUCCUCGCUGGAGGCGGACCCCGCGCAAGAGGCGGAGUUCGUCUACCUCUUCCAACGAUUCUCGACCGAGUGCCGAGCGCUCUUCUCCAGUGACUGUUCGGGUAACAGUGAAGACUCGAUGAAGAUCGGCGAGAGCCUCGAGCGGGUGGAGGCGGCGGUGGCCGAGGUCCAGCGCCAGCUGUGCGCGCGGGGGGAUGAGCCGGGGGCCCCGCCCACCUCGCGGGAGGGCAGUCCGCGCGACGCCACGCCCUCUGGCGCCAGCGUGCUCGAUCGCAUCGACGCACUGCGCCGGCGUGUCGAAGCUCUGCAAGCGCUGGUACCCUGCCAGCACUGCAAGCAGCUGCAGGACGCGUUGGACAGGCUGCACGAGGAGCGCACGCGCGGCGAGUGUGCGCUGGCGCAGCAGGCGCACGCGCUGGCGGCGGCGCGGCGUGCGCGCGCGCAGCUGCAGGCGCAGCACGAGCGGGAGCGCGCCGCACUGCGCGAGCGCGCGCGCACGCUGCAGCGCCGUCUGGCCGCGCUCGACUCCGAGUACUCCGCGCAGCUAGACAACUUGCGAGCCGCUUACCAGAGCGCGGUGGCGGCGGACACGCACGGGGACGGGCUGCGCGCGCGCUACCAGCAGGAGAUAGAGCAGCUGCGCGCGCUGUGCGAGAAGGGGCUGCUGGCCAUGGAGUCCUCGCAUCGCCGCAUCGUCCGGGAGAUGGAGGACAAGCACCGCGCCGAGCGGGAACAACUCAGGCUAGACAAAGAGCAAGCGUUAGCAGAAGAGACCCGUGCGACGUUAGCCGCACUCGACGCAAUGCGGAAGGCGCACGAGAGUGAAGUGAGGAGGGAGGUGGACAAGUUCAAGGCGGAGUUCCUCAGCAGAGGACAUAAUGGGGACCUCACACAGCUUAGCUCCCGACACCAUAAUAUUUCCAGGCAGGAGAUGGAGGAGAUAAAGCGGGAGAUCCUCUCCCUCUCUGAGAAGUACUCCGUCAAGUGUGUGGAGUCCGCCGCGUUAGAGGAGAGACUUGCUACUGCCACUGCGCAACUUGCGCAGGCGCAUAACCAUAUCAUGCAGUUGGAUGCCAGAAACAAGCAACUCCGAGCGCAUCUUAUAUCGGAAGCGAAUGAAAUGAAAAACACAGAGGGGUCCACUCUUUCCCAGCUUAUAGAGGAAACUGCACCGCAUGGGAGGGCGCCACCGGCGCUGGGGGAGCACUGGCGCCACCUGUCGCCCGCCCGGCAGAAACCUGCCGCCGAUACAGACGAAGUCGUCUCGAGCGAGCCCGCUGUUGGAAGCGGCGAGGCCGGCUCGCCCGGCCAAGAUACAGUACGCGAAGACAGAGAGCACGCGAAACCUGCAGCUGUCGCCCGUUCAGAACUAAAGGCAUCAAAACGUAGCUCCGCGAGCGGACGACCAACAGUCUUCUCGCUUGCGGGUAUGGUCGCUGAGCGCAAGAAGCGCUUCGAGCUCUGACCGACGACCGACACGUCCUACUGACUAGUACUGACGCACCCACCACGCAUGCACCUGGCCACUCGCUUCUAACCCCUACCACACACCCAUGUAACCUAACUUAUGGAUAUUAUAAACAUCUAUACUCCCUAAAACGGCUUACAGCCAUAAUAUUUAAUCGUCAUUAAUAUUAGCGUAGUCAUUUAAACAUUUUGAAGCGUAUAUCCAAAAAUAUAAUCAAGAUUUUAUAUCAAUCCAAAUUAUAAACAAUAAACGACGCGAAGAAAACAU